CGUUUCCCGCCGGCGGGAGCUGCGGUUGCGGCGGCGAGCGGGGCUCCGAGGCGGCCCGGCCCGGCGCUGCGGCACCAUGGCGGACCAGCUUUAUCUGGAGAAUAUAGACGAGUUCGUCACGGACCAGAACAAGAUCGUGACGUAUAAGUGGCUGAGCUAUACACUAGGGGUUCAUGUUAACCAGGCCAAACAGAUGCUGUAUGAUUAUGUUGAAAGGAAACGAAAGGAAAAUUCUGGAGCCCAGCUGCAUGUCACUUACUUAGUGUCUGGCAGUCUCGUUCAGAAUGGACACUCCUGCCACAAGGUUGCAGUAGUGAGAGAAGAUAAAUUGGAAGCAGUGAAGUCCAAGCUAGCUGUGACUGCCAGCAUCCAUGUGUACAGCAUCCAGAAAGCCAUGCUAAAGGACAGUGGGCCUCUGUUCAAUACCGACUAUGACAUCCUUAAAAGCAACUUGCAGAACUGCAGCAAGUUUAGUGCCAUACAGUGUGCAGCUGCAGUCCCUAGAGCUCCUGCUGACUCGUCAUCUUCUGAAAAGUGUGAACAGUCAGAUCAUCAGGUAUCAAGUGAGACACAAGUCAGUAAUGAGUUGGCCACCAAUGGUCAUGGCCCACCUACCUCCAAACAGGUUUCCCAGCAGUCCAAAGGAAUUAUGGGAAUGUUUGUUUCUAAAGCUGCUUCUAAAACCCAAGAUACCAACAAGGAAGCCAAAACAGAUGCUAAAGAGGUGACAAAUGCAUCUUUGGCAGGCAAUAAGGCACCAGGGAAAAUGAAUAUGACAAACAAUUUUUUUGGAAAAGCUGCUAUGAAUAAACUUAAAGUCAAUUUGGAUUCAGAACAAGCAGUGAAAGAAGAAAAAAUAGUGGAGCUACCUCCAGUGUCUGUUACUGAACCAAAGCUGGCAGCCCCUGCAGGCCUAAAGAAAUCCAGCAAAAAAUCAGAGCCUGUUAAGACACAGCAGAAGGAAAAAAAAAGGGGGAAGCGAGUGGAGCUAUCUGAUGAUGAGACAAAAGAAACUGAAAAUAUGAAGAAAAAGAGAAGAAGAAUCAAAUUUCCUGAGUCUGAUAGCAGUGAAGAUGAAGUCAUACCAGACUCUCCUGGGGCUUGUGAAGCUGAGUCACCAUCCCCACCUCCUGCUCCUCUACCUCCUGAACCAGUGCCGAAGACUGAGCCAGAGGCUCCUUCAGUCAAGAGCUCAAGUGGGGCAAACAAAAGAAGACGAAAGCGCGUGCUGAAAUCCAAAACCUUUACAGAUGAUGAAGGCUGCAUGGUAACUGAAAAAGUCUAUGAGAGUGAAUCCUGCACAGAUAGUGAAGAAGAACUUAAGAUGAAGACUUCCUCCACACACAGACCCCCCGCCGUUACUCUGAAAAAAGAAUCCAGAGAGGAACGAAAAGGUGCCAGAAAAGGCACUGCUGCUCUGAGCAAAGCCAACAGACAAGCAUCCAUUACUGGCUUCUUCCAGAAGAAGUGAACUGUUAGGUCAGAUUGUGGAGUGGUCAAGGGAGAAGACCAAGAAAUACUCUCACUUACUGUGUAAGUUCAUCCAGCGCCUCACCUCGCCUGUAUCAAAAGCCUGUUCCUCCAUCUUGUAAGGUUUAUACUGCUUCUGGCUUUUAACCAGAAGAAUGUUUAAAAGUUGUUACCGUCUGAUGACAUUUUUAAGCACAAUCUUUGACCUGUCCAGGAGAGGAAUUUACUCCAGAAAUUAAUUGGAACAGGUUUCCAAAUUAUCACUGAAGUGGUUUAGUGGCUAAUCCACAGCACCUCACACCACCACUCACGGCUCAGAAAGCAUUUCUCCUUGUUCCCUGGUAUUCUGCAGAUGUGUGUGGGUAUCCUCUCGUCCCUGAAUUUUACAGGCGGUGUUCAUCACUCCCCUGUGAUCCCUUCCCAACGCUACCCUUCCCGCUUCUGUGUGAAGCGGUUCUCUGUAAGUCUUCUAAGUCUUGGUUGGACUAGCGGCCGAAACACAAAUCUCCCUGUAAUCCUCUUUCCUCCGUUAGAAAGUGCACGGACACCUGGCCACAGACCAGCGUAUUAUUUGCGUUCUGCCACUUUCACAAAAGCUCUGUAGACCUUCACUCACAAUUAGUGGUUAGGGAAAAGCCUCAGGCGGAGCACAAAUAGAAAUGCAAUGAUGUAUUCAAGCCCCCCAGAAUUACUUCGAGUCGGCACUGAUGAUGUUAGAGGACUUGCGUCGCCGACACGGGUGCUUUGUGCUCCCCGUGGUGACUUUGGGCUCCUCGCCGCUCUCAGUACGUAGAGAGAAAAACCCAUACAAUGAAAUAAAGGCUACAAAGAGAAAUCCCUUCCUACACACAGCGCACGGUGGGGAGGUAAAGUCUCUCCUCAGGAAGACCGAAUGUCAAGAAACAAGUUUUCCGGGAAGGUAAUAAGGAAAGAGAAAGCACCCAGAUGCUGCUCCUCUGUGGUGUUAACUCUUGCAUUUGCUCCCCAGAAGAGAUGGAGAGACUGAGUGGUUGGGAGAUUUAACCACAAAUAAAACAUUUUCGUUUACUUGUGGAAAAUCGUCUAUUCCAGUGAUGACUUUUACGUGUCUUCCUUAAGCUGCACAGUGAGCUCCGGGGACGGGAACACAGGCUCCACUGCUGGUGACUCACGGCUGACAGCCGGGAUGUCUGGCUCGCGCCUUCCGCCUGAGCCCAGUGUGUGUCGCCAGUGACACAGCCGGCGGCCCUGCCUGCCAUGGGUUAGGACCGUGCCUGACCUUGAGCGGGAGGUGUUUUAGCAGCCAUCCCCCGGGGCUCUUCAGCCAGGUACCCUGAGGUUUGGGAGAUGAGUCCUGGCAUCACAUCUAGGUCUUGAGAAGACGGAGACUUUGUGCAGCAAGCUCAGUCAAGGCUGACAUAAUCCAAACCCCUUUCUUUGCAGAAUGUAGGAGGAUGGAAAUCCUGGACGUUAACCUUUACCAAAAACUCCUGGAGUGGGAUCUCUGUUAAAUGGUUAUUUUUUCAUUGCCUCUAGUCAUUUUCCUAAAUUAAAGAGAAACAGCAGUCCAGUCUUUUUUAAAUUAUGAUGCUGGAAUCUGUAAUAAAACCAAAUUUUGAAUUGGGAAAAUGUGGUGUUGGUUGUAUUUUCAUCUUUGAAAGGAUAAUACAAAUCCUGUGAUCAGUUUGCCCAAUACGCUGCGUCUACUCCGAGCUGUCUGCAGGACUAAAUUUUAUAUAAAACUCCACCAUGUUCUCCACAUGAGCUCAAUAAAUCUGAGACAUUGUUUUAAAACAGUGC